AACAACUAGUAUUUAAAACUAAAGGAAAAAAAUAAAAUAACACACAAAAUAUAAAGCAAAUACACUUUCAAAUAUCAAUGCCAUAAAAAAAUACUGUUUCCAUCACACUUAAAGGACACACAGACACACCUAUACUAUUUCUCAACCCCAUACAGGCACAAUCAGUCCCUCUUGCACACAUGUACACACUGACUAUCCCUCACACACAGAAUUACACACCCAGACUGUCUCUGCCUCUCUUGUCACUCUCAUAUUCCAAUGUGGGACAGGUGGAUCUUCCUCCAGCCUGAUACCUAGCGUGAGGGCAUUUUACACUGGAAAUCCCAUUGCACUUUUGCUGUGUAUCCUACACUCCGUCUCAGAUCAGAAAGCUAUGUGUACCAGAGAAGACCAUAGGCAAGAAUGAAGAGGCGUAGAAUUCUACACCGCAUUCUAACUCUGGUUGUGUGUGCAUUUUUCCUUCUUGGAAUUUUUAAGCUUCUGCAAAGCGACCCAGACACCACUUAUGUUUUGCAUCCAAACCUAUUGAUUUCACAAUCUGUCCGCAGCAGGAGCUUCAUCACAAAGGAGCUUCAUGGAGAAAUUAACUGCACAUCCAUAUAUGAGCUGGAGCCAGUUGAAAUUGGGAAAAGUUUAGCAAUACGGAGAAAGAACAUUGUAGACAUUAAAGAUGAGGACGUUGUUGCAAUGACAGAUGACUGUGAGGCUUAUAAAUAUCAAAGACAGUUUGACCUGAAACCACUUUCAUCAGAAGAGAAAGAUUUUCCCAUAGCCUACUCUUUGGUCGUUCAUAAGGACGCUAUCAGCGUGGAAAGACUUCUUCAUACAAUCUACAAUCCAGUGAACAUUUAUUGCAUUCACUAUGACCAGAAAUCACUGCCGGCUUUUAAAAGGGCCAUGGCGAAUCUGGCCAAAUGCCUCCCCAAUGUAUUUAUCGCCUCCAAACUUGAAAGUGUAAUCUAUGCUCAUGUUACCAGGCUGCAAGCAGAUUUGAAUUGUCUAUCGGACUUGCUGAAGUUCCCCGUGCAAUGGAAUUAUGUUAUUAAUUUGUGCGGACAAGACAUGCCAUUAAAGUCAAAUUAUGAGCUAGUGGCCGAACUGAAGAAGCUAAAUGGACGCAAUAUGCUUGAGACAUCUAGACCCUCCGACAUUAAAAAGCAACGCUAUAGUUUUCACCAUGAGGUACAGAAUGUGAAUUUUUAUUACCAACAGAUGCCUAUCAAAACUUCAGUUCCUAAAGAGCCCCCACCGGGCAAUCUCGAGAUCUUUAUUGGAAGUGCCUACUUUGUUUUAAGCCAUUCCUUUAUUAGUUAUAUUUUUGAUAGCCCCUUGGUUAAAGAGUUUAUAGCUUGGUCCGAAGACACCUAUUCCCCAGAUGAACAUUUCUGGGCGACCCUGGUACGUAUGCCAGGAGUCCCCGGUGAAAUCCCAAGGUCUCAGAAUCACGUGACGGACCUUGACAGUAAAACUCGACUAGUAAAGUGGUCUUAUCUUGAAGAAAACCUAUAUCCCCCAUGCACUGGAAUGCACAUCCGCAGUGUGUGUAUUUAUGGCGCCGGUGAACUGCGCUGGCUUAUGAAUUAUGGCCAUUGGUUUGCCAAUAAGUUUGACUCCAAAGUAGAUCCUAUUCUUAUAAAGUGCUUAAUUGAAAAACUUGAGGAAAAACAGAGAGAAUUGGUAAACAAGUCCUAGACAAACUGAUUUGGACAGUUCUUUAUUCUCUAUGUGCCACCAUCUCUGCCUGCUUUCAAACAAAGUGCAAUUUGUACCAAAGUCUCUUCUGUGUGCCAGGGUAAAGGUGAAUUGGACACAUGUCUGGUCACAGUUUUCAGUGCUAGAUGUUUUGAUAAACCUACACAAGGAAAUGCUGCUGCGCUGCUGUCAAUGACAAGCAAUUAUAGUGUUUAAUUUGCCUUUUUUUUAUCCAGAGCCAGGGAUGUACUGAAGGCCAGAACAUUGAUCACCUUCCAGAAGAAGGCUUGUUAAAACCAUUAAGAGUGUUUAUACCUAUAGAGGUACCUUUCUCCAUAGCCAGGGGCAUACUGAAGGCCACAACAUUGAUCAUGCAGUGAUACACCUCUCACUCUAAUUUUAUAGACGAAAGUUUUGUUAAAACCAUUAACAAGUGUUUUGUACCAUAGAGAGACCUUUUUUCCGGAGCCAGGGACUUUUUGAAGUAAAAACACCUGCCAAGGCCGGUAUUACAAAUUUCAAUUUUGUUCCUUAGCAUUAAAUGCUGCCCCGUGCCCAAGAUGCAAAGCAACUGUAAGCCACAGCAGGGUAUUACUCUAUGAAUUUGAUAUUUUGCUUGACCACUUGCAUUUGUUUAUAUAAGAAAUAAGGUGCCUUACAUUUAAAGGUCUGCUCCCUGGGGCCAUUGAUCAGGUCAUUCUGCAUUCUGAAUAAUCUUAACACUGGGAAAUGAUAAUACUAAUAAUACAGAAACCCCACAGGGCAGGUUAUUGCAGCAAAGAUUGUAUUGCCUGUACUAAUGUCAGAGGUAGAACAUACUUACACAACAAUAUAUACAUUCCAUUUAUCCAGUAGAUAAACACAUACUACUUCCGUCCAAGGAAGCUUGCCUUUAGUCAUGUAGCUGGCUUCUGUAGGCACAUAAACCUUUUCAUAUUUCUACCAGAAGACUAUAUAAACUCUAUACAAUGUUGGGAUUUUCUUGAUAUAAUUGUUAUAAAAGUGGCCCCUGGAUAUCAGGUUCUCUGGUGAGUCAUAGGAGGCCCAGUCCAACCCUCAUUGUAGUGUAUUUAUGAGCUGCUCCUGGCAUUGCAUUUACAGAACGUCCAUGUUUUUGUAUUGUCGCAAUCUCUCACCAAUUGUGUUGUUGGCUUCUGCACUCUCCCUCUUAUUCAGAAUGCCCAUAUAAUUCCUGUGUGUUGCCCACCCCUCCCUGGUCUUUGUUGAACUCCCUAAUCUUUAUCUUUACCCUGAGUGCAAUUUGAAGCUGGUGCGUAGUAACCUAUGCCCCAUUUAAUGGCUGGGUGUGCCUUUGGAUCAAGGGAGAAAGCUGAUUAGACUAAUACUGGAAAGAGUUCUAUGGUUUGUACAAAAGCAUAAAUAAUUCCAGCUUGUUCUGGGUGGUGGGAGAUAUAGUUUAAAAGCAGCCAGAUGGCUUAUCUUUGCAUCUGUACCUUUAAAGACAUAACAGGAAGGAUGCCAUUUAUAUAAGGGAAGCAGAUUGUAGUCGUCAGGAUAUGCCUCGUGCCAGAAGUUUACUGUUUGGUUGGUGUAUAUGACAUCGCUGAACAGUAUUUUACAGGGAUAUUGUGCUGUAUUUUUUGUAUGACUACUCACUAUUUGUUCUUUGGCCUUGACCCUAAAGCGGAAGUUUUGCGGCCUGGCUCCAGCAAUUCAUUGGACUGUGUGAUACAUUUGCCUUCUCCAAAAUUCUAAAGGGCUUAAAAGAUUCUAAUGUGGAUCCAACGUGGUAUUCUUAUACUUUUCUUCUGCUGAGCAGGAAGCUGUAAUACAGGAACAGCCUUGAUAUUGUGCCACUCUUACAGAAUCCCAUUUGCAAAAGACUAGGGCUAAUUAGAGAGUAAAUAAUGCAUAGUGCGUAUGCUUUUGGCCAAUUCAUAGUUUAAGAAUUCCUAUAGUAGAGUGGAUGGACUGGGCUCUUUAUGGGUGAUGCACCCUCUCCAUACUGGAGGAAAAUACUUUACUGUGACUGCUACAAUCACCUCCUCUGUUUUCACCCUUUGAGAAAUAUGUCCCAUGAGUUACCUCUGCCAGAAGGAAGUGUAAAUGUAAACACAGGCCAAUCUUGUAUGCUUUCCCUCUGAUGGGCAAAAUGGGCUGAGAGAGUACAAGGGGCCAUACAAAUUAUGACUGCCUCUCUCUGUUCCAAUCAUUGGUGCAGCUCCUCUUCACUUCCUCAACUGCACCGUGCAUUGGCCAACAUCAGAAGAUGAAAUGUUCAAAAACUACCCAAUCAUCCCCAAAGUGAUUUAUAUCCAAUAAAUAAUCAGCAGGCCUCUACACAGUCACAGAUAAUCAUACAAUUUUAUCUAUACAUGCAUGAUCACUUUCAAGCACCCAGGCCUGGUGCUUUGCUUGGGCAAUUUUUAUUGACCAAAACUGUCACUGCCCAUAUAAUUGUGUUGGCAUUGGUUAAGGUUACCCAUUUAUGGGGGCGUGUAACCAGCACCACGGUAUCCCAGCCCGUGAAAAAAAAAACAUCACUUGUUUUAGUCUCUAUGGUUGAUUGUUUAUGGGAAAAAUGCAGCUUUGCAAUACAAUUUCAGCAGAUUACGGUGUGUGUGCCUCACAAAGUCUGUUUGCAGACUGGUGUAUAUACAUAGAGAAAGAUCAAUAAGCCAAAUCUGUAAAUGGAUGUGUAAAUACAACCAGAACAUUGCAGUGGUGACAACACAUUCAGCAGAUAUGUGUACAGAGAUGGGAGUGGUACUGACUAGAGAGGUGCAGAUAAGAAAGCAUUUUUGCAGGGGAGAGGCUACACCCUAUUACACUCUAUUAAUAGUAUCUUAAUAUGUGAUAUAUAUAUAUAGAGAGAGAGAGAGAGAGAGAGAGAGAGAGAGAGAGAGCAAAGAAA